AUGAUGCUGAUGGCUGCGAUUGGGCUGCAUCAUUACAAACCUGACCAAGUAGUUCAAAUCCGCCACCGCUUUUUUGGGAGUCUCGCCCCCCGAGGAAAUACUGAAAACAGCAAUCUAUUUAUUGAAGAGAUUCGCUACAUUCCACGCAGAACCGUGCAGACAUGGAAGGAGAGGGACUACCUCAUUGUGUUUGGCGUCCCAUCUAUGGAUGUUACCGCACAAAUGAAACGCCGUCUUCUGCAGCGGACUACGUGCUGGCAGUUCCCCGGUGUUGCGACAAGAUCAAAUAACUUCACUGGGUCCAUGUUGGUGUUGUAUGUACUUGCACGG